UCCAAAGAGAAGAUAUUUCAGAGAAUGAUCUACAUAUCAACAAUUCGAAAAACAAUGACGAAAAACAAAACCACCGUUUCAUAAAAGGGACAAAUGACGGAAGGCAAGAUGGCGAAAGACACGCACUGUCUCAUCAAUCACAUACGGAGAAUGCAGAUAUUAAGGGAAAGGACGAAUUAAUUGGCAAUAGAACGCAGGACUAUGUUCAUCCCUUUGAAAAUCUAAACGAGUCCUCUGAUGAAAGUGGUGGCACUAGUUUUCAAGGAGAGAUUGAAAAGAAUGACUUGCAAACGAACUUUCUGAGAUAUGAUGAAGAAAAUCGAAGCGACCUUUCGAUUCAAACGAAACGAAUCUCCAGGGAUAAGUUGGAUGACUCGGAUACACCAUGUAAACAACUUCAGAGAAAAAGUGUUGACGAAUUUCCAUCCAAACAAACUCGGACCCAAGAGCUGUCUUUUCCGAUGUCUGAUAUUUCAGAGAAUAAUCUACAUAUCAACAAUUCGAAAAACAAUGACGAAAAACAAAACCAUCGAUUCAUAAAAGGGACAAAUGAAGGAAGACAAGAUGGCGAAAGACACGCACUGUCUCAUCAAACACAUACGGAGAAUGCAGGUAUAAAGGGCAAUGACGAAUUCAUGGGGAAAAGAACGCAAGAUUAUGUUCGUCCCUUUGAAUAUCUAAACGAGUCCUCCUCUAAUGAAAAUAGUGGCAGUAGUUUUCAGGGAUCUCGAAUCUCCAGAGAUAAUUUAGAUGACUCGGAUACACCAUGUAAACAACUUCAGAGAACAACUAUUGACGAAUUUCCAUCUAAACAAACUCGGACCCAAGAGCUGUCUUAUCCGAUGUCUGAUGUGGGAAAAACCGAUACGAAUGCUACCAUGAAGCCCAAGGGUCGUGUUGUCGUUGAAGAUGAGAAACAAGGUCCACAAUACUUGGAAUAUCCACAUACAUCCUCUCAUGAUCCAAGUGGUGGGAAAGGUCGUCCAAGAAAAGAAGUUCCGUUAAAUGACCGACGGACCGGUUUGAAAGAGGGUGACGAAUCGAGCACCCCACCUUUAAUUCGGUCUAACCAAAACAUUGAAGACAAAUUCGAUAAUGAAACUCGUGUCUUUCUAACAUAUCCAAAACGUAUAAAGAAAGCAGGUAUUACACGUCCAAAAGGCCGUGCUCCACAGACUGAUCUACCAACAACUUCGAGAAAUGAUGAAGAUAACACUCUACCAAUGAUUCGGACUAAUCGAAAUUGUAAUGGUAUGCCACAUGACACGGAUGAUUCUUGUGAAGAAAGUCAACCAAAGAACGAGACUGAUCUGGCGACAUCAAUAAGAUCUUCUAGUCAAGAAGACGCAAAGACAGGCACGAACAACGCCAAAAUGGACACUACUCUUGCGACCGAAGCUUCAUUCUCCAUUCGUGGUAAUAUGGUACUGUCUGCAGGGCCACAAAAGAAGUAUUUCUACGACAUGUGGAUGAAAGGCAAGUUUUGCGACGUCAAUAUAGUCGUAGAGGAUCACGCUUUUUUGGCCCACCGUGUGGUACUGGCGGCAAACAGUGAAUACUUCGAAAAAUUCUUUCUCAACACUCCUGCUAAAACCGAUAUACUGACUGUAUACAUAUCAGAUAUUUCUGCAGACGUUUUCCGUGACAUUCUUCGUUACAUGUACACAGGUGAUGUUGACAUUCAGUUUGUUCACGUUUCUCAGCUUCUAAGAGGAUCACUCUUUCUUUCGAUCAAAAGUCUUACGAAUGCACUUCAGACGUUUCUCUUGAACACCUGGAAAGGUGAAUGCAUUGGUGCGUUCUGCCUGGCACAAACUACAGGUCUACACGACCUUCUCAGGGAGAUUUUGAAUUACAUUCGGACACAUUUCGUUGAGGUGUCCACGUCGAGAAACUUCGCUCUCUGUCCCGUUGAACACGCAUCGUGUAUCUUGAAAGACGACAACCUACGGAUAAACGAAGAGACAGAUAUCCUCCAUGCUGUCUUGCUGUGGCUAGAGCACCACACUAGGGACACCAGCUCGAAUUUAAGGCUGCUGAGACACGUGAGAUUUGAAUACAUACCCCUUAAAACAAUCGAACGCAUCGAGAAAAGCCAUCUCAAUUCUAUUUCCAAUGAAUCAGUGAGGCGCUACAUUCAAGAUGCAAGAAAGCGGGCAUCUUGUUUGGAAAUAGAUCAGCUCCAUUUCGAUCCUCCAAUCAUUAGGCAACGCAUAGCAGAAGUGGUUGGAUGCCGCGCCUCAAGAAUAAUUGAUUCCGAGAGCAUCACUGCUAAGAACAGCGAUCGUUUCUAUAAGACGUCUGACGAAGAGGAACGCAUCAGUUCAUCGAAAGAAGAGCAGACUCCCUCUUAUUCUCAAGGUGGUUUGUCAUUGUCUUCGAUCGAGAAAUCGCCCUCUUCAACUAAAUCGUCCAAAUCUCGGAAUACAAAAGCAGGGACAUUUCCAUCAUACCAUGACAUCGAUACAACCCCUAUUCGCGUAAGCGUAUCGCAAGAUGUAUCAGCAUCUCCCGUUGCAUCGAAUGACGAUCUUGGAGAAAGUAGCAGCCAGGAAUCUACAGAGGAUGAGACAACCAUACAGGUAGUGCGUAUAGGUGGUAUAUCCAGAACAUGGGACGAGGACAGUGUGCACAGUGAUAUCGAGAAGCUGGACCGCGGACGUGGCAAAAGAUGGGAAGAAUGGAUAUCGUUUGCAGACCUACCUGUUGCCAUGCACCACCAAGCAGCCUGUUAUAUCCACAACUCAAUUUACAUUUCAGGUGGUCAUGUACAGUUGCCCUGUGAUGCAAGCUGCAACAAUUUCCAACCCAGUCGCCUCUUCCAUGUGUAUGAUCUGAUGAAAGCGAAGUGGUAUCGGCUCGCGGACCUGGAUCAGGCCCGGGUUUUUCAUCAGAUGGUGGCGCUUUUCGGGCAGAUUUAUGUUAUCGGUGGGCAGGGGCAAGACGGAGGAGCUUUGGCGGCAGUUGAUCGGUAUUCGCCAUACACGGACAGUUGGCGCCAGGUAGCUCCCUUGAGUUCCCCGCGCUAUGCCACGGCUGCGGCACCGUACAAUUUCCACCUGUGGGUCGCCGGUGGUGCUACCAAUCACGUGACCAAUCGUCGUGGCCAAUCAUCUCAAAGUGCGGAUGAAAGUAAAGAGUCCGGCGAUGAAAAAGGCGCAAGCGUCUUUGAUGGAUUCUACAAGAGUUCCAACACACAGCUGACUGGGAUCGUCGAGUGUUAUUCACCCCAUGACAACAGCUGGUCAAAAAUUAACGGACUGCCAACACCAAGAUGUCACGCCUCUCUUCUGCGGAUCAAUCAACGUCUCUUUCUCGUCGGUGGUUUUACUUGCAUACGCCACUUUCCCGAUGACGAUAGCUCCACGUCUUCGGUAGACGUGUAUGAUGACGUCACAGAAUCGUGGCGUUAUGUAACUGACGUCGUAGAAGGAAACUACGGCGCAAAUGCCGUGGCUGUAGGACCCAAAAUAGUCGUUCUCGGAAAACCUGGUCCUUUCUUGGAAUCUGAUGGUGACGUCAUAUCAAUCUUUGACACGGCGACUGAUAAGUGGGAAUUGAGGCGGAGUCUGUUGCUAGAGUCUAGAGUUGGACAUGCGUGCUGUGCCAUUCCUGUAUCGUUGCAUUCGCCAUUGCGUCGCGCUUGA